CAAAUGAAAACCUAUCUCUUUCCUUUCCAAGCCGCUCGCCCCUCUCACUCUUCCCCGUUCCCUCUCCUUCUCUCUCUCUCUCCUGCUCGAAACACCAGCAGCUGUGGGGGCUUCAACUACGACGGCGAGGGGAUAUACGAGGCUUCAACCACGGUGGAGGUCGACGGGGUUGACAGAGGCUCAGCGGGACUGCCGGAGGCUCGACGACGUGGACUCGGAGACUCGUUGGUGCAGUCAAAUUUAAGGAGUGAAGUCCACUCGACUUCCCUCUUACGCCACUUUUCCCCAUGUUUUGGCUCCAAACGGAGUGAACCCCUAGAGACCUAGAAGGAAACGGUUCAAUUUCCACGAAUCUUGGAUCAUGGAAGUCUUGUAAGAAAUUCUCAUAUUCCAUGAGAAGGUUUUAGUGGCAUUUCAUUGCAGUUCAGCUCUUAGCUUCAAAGCAGAGCAAUCGAGCUAGGGUUUUAGCAGAAGAGAGAGAGAGAGAAAGAGAGAGAGAGAGAUGCUGUACAUAGUGGGAUUGGGAUUGGGUGACGAGAGAGACAUAACUCUUAGAGGCUUAGAGGCAGUGAAGCAAUGCGACAAGGUCUACAUCGAAGCUUAUACUUCUCUUCUCUCUUUCGGUAUCUCUUCAGAUGGCCUUUCUACCCUGGAAAAACUUUAUGGAAGGCCAGUGAUUCUUGCCGAUAGAGAAAUGGUUGAGGAAAAAGCCGAUGAAAUACUCUCAGCUUCUCGUGUUUCUGAUGUGGCUUUCCUUGUAGUUGGCGACCCUUUUGGAGCAACAACUCACACUGAUCUUGUUGUUCGGGCAAAGAAAUUGGGUAUUGUUGUCAAAGUAAUACACAAUGCUUCGGUGAUGAAUGCCAUUGGAAUUUGUGGGUUGCAGCUCUACCGUUAUGGAGAGACAGUGUCAAUACCAUUCUUUACUGAAACCUGGAGACCAGACAGCUUCUAUGAGAAAAUUCAAAGCAACCGGAAUCUUGGUCUACAUACUCUCUGCUUAUUAGAUAUUCGUGUGAAGGAACCCUCUCUGGAAUCUUUAUGCAGAGGGAAGAAGCAGUAUGAACCACCUAGGUACAUGACAAUAAAGACUGCCAUUAAGCAGCUCCUGGAAGUUGUGCAAGCAAAAGUAGAAUCUGUCUACAAUGAAGACACGGAGUGUGUUGGUUUUGCUAGAAUUGGAUCUGAAGAUCAGAUCGUUGUGGCUGGUACAAUGAAGCAACUUCAAUUGAUAGAUUUUGGAGCUCCUCUUCACUGUCUUGUCAUAACAGGCAAUACCCAUCCAGUGGAAGAAGAAAUGCUGGAUUUCUACAGAGUGGGAAAAGAGAAUCUGGAGCAAGUAGAUGACAGGACAUCGUAAUGAAAGCACACCUUUAAGUAAGGUUGUGUUCGGAAUUCAUCUAAUAUUAUUUGAGUUUUGCUAAAGUAGAUUAAGGUGUUCAACACUACUUAAAUCGGCAUAGGCAUCGCAUGUGUUUUUGAAUAUUUUCUUGAGCAUUGCUCUUUUGUUAACACUAAGAAAGGGCUAUUGUUUGUUACCUCUUCAAUUUCAUGUUUUUUUCCUAUCAAAUGGUACUGAAGGAGUGUGCAACUACUCAAAUUUUGAUGUUAUGUAAAAAAUUAAACUCUUCAAUAUUUUGUGCUGAAAGGCCUAAUUUUUCAAUAUAUUGAAUAUUUAAGACUA